ACUGCCGGCUCGGCAGUGGUCGAGGUUUGAGCAGUAACUUCAUCGUGUUAUUUAGGUUCCACCGUGCCAGGUGGUGUAUCCUCAUGCACCUCCAAGAUUGUGAAAUCGCAGAAGACAAUCACUGCAUGAUAUAGUGCAUGUAUGUCAAGUGAAUCAUGCUGUGAUGAUUGGGUUUCGGAAGGUCAGACUUGUCUUGCGUGCUGUGAGCAGUCGUGUGCACAGCUGCCCACGAUACUCCUCAAGCUGGUCUCCACUUGGUGCUGCAUUUAAUGCCAAACCUGCCAGAAAACUCAACUUCAGUUUCACUAACGGAAAUGCGGGAUUGUUUGAGAUUUCCGAAUUGGCAGACUUCUAUGGGUUCUAUGCAUUAAAAGAAAGAGCCAUCUCAGAGAGCAGUAAGUUGGUAGCAGAGGCAACGGAACCCGGGAGGCAGAGAAAAAUGGUGGAGAUCUUUGAUGAGCUAUCCGAUACACUUUGCAGGGUGGCAGACUUGGCAGAGUUCAUCAGAGUUGCUCAUCCAAACCUGAACUUCGCAACAGCUGCAGAAGAUGCUAGUGUCAACAUUGCAGGACUAGUAGAAAAGUUGAACACAAACAGAGCGCUGUAUAAGAGCCUAAGGCAUGUCACUGAGCAAGGAGACAUGUUUCCUGAGGAUGAUGUUGACAGACACGUCGCUAAGCUUUUCCUCUUUGACUUUGAACAGAGUGGAAUUCAUCUAGAAGAGAGCAAACGGAAAAGAGUAGUUGAGCUGAAUGAAGAAAUACUUAAAGUAGGAUCACAAUUCAUGGAGGCAACACAGCAGCCAAUCUCCAUUAAGAAGGAGGCACUUCCUGAACACCUACGAUACAGUUUCAAUUUGGAAGGUGACAAUGUAAUUGUCACAGGGAUGUAUUCUGAAAGCCACAAUGAAGCUGUAAGAGAGGCAGCAUACAAGAUUUACCUUCAUCACCAACCCUUCCAAGAGGAGCGGCUCUUGAAUUUGCUGACAGCGAGGCAUGAGUUGGCUGCUCUUUGUGGCUUCUCGUCUUACGCACACAGAGCAACAAGUGGUACACUGGCUGACAAUCCAGAAACCGUCAUGCAGUUUCUGGAAGGGCUAGUGGAAGAAGUGAGGCCUGCUGCCGUGCAUGAUCUGGAUAUACUGGAGCAAUACAAGGCAAAACACAAGAGCCAAGCUAGUGUGCUACAACCAUGGGAUGUUCCAUAUUACACUGCUGUAGCGAAACAUGGAAGGCACAAGGUUGACCAUAGUGAGUUUGCAAAGUAUUUCCCACUGGGAGCAUGCAUGGAGGGCUUGAACGAAUUGUUCCGCAGUCUCUAUAACGUCACAUUGGAACACGAGCCGGUUGAAGGUGGCGAGGUUUGGUGCGAUGAGGUCUACAAAUUGGCUGUGUUGCAUGAGGAAGAGGGUGUCCUUGGAUAUAUUUACUGUGAUUUUUUCGAGAGGAUUGGCAAACCACAACAGGACUGCCAUUUCACCAUACGUGGUGGAAGACAGACUCGUGAUGGUACAUAUCAGCUUCCAGUGGUUGUGCUCAUGUUGAAUCUCCCAGAGCCCAGCUGGUCAACACCCUCUCUGCUCAGCCCGGGAAUGGUAGAGAACCUAUUCCAUGAGAUGGGCCAUGCUAUGCAUUCUAUGCUAGGUCGGACCAAAUACCAGCAUGUCACUGGUACGAGAUGUUCAACAGACUUUGCUGAAGUGCCUUCAGUACUCAUGGAAUAUUUUGCAACUGAUCCUAGGGUACUGUCUAGUUUUGCUAAACACUAUAAGACGUGUGAACCAAUACCAGAAGACAUGGUAACAAGUUUAUGUGCAUCUAAGUACAUGUUCAAUGCUUGCGAAACACAAUUACAGGUUUUUUAUUCUGUCUUGGACCAGCGUCUUCAUGGCAUCCAUCCUCUGGAGACGAGCCUUGUGGAUCUUGUGGCAGACACACAAAAUGAGUUUUACAGCAUGAAACAUGUUUCACAAACGGUUUGGCCAUUGAGAUUUGCUCACCUUGUUGGCUAUGGUGCUAAGUAUUAUUCCUACCUGAUGUCACGUGCAGUUGCCUCUAGAAUCUGGCACGAAUGUUUCGCCGAUGAUCCAUUCAGCAGAGCAAAUGGCGAGCUGUACAGACGGACAUUAUUAGCACACGGUGGAGGCAAGCUCCCCAUGACGCUUAUAGAAGACUUGUUGAAGAAGCGUCCAACUACACAAGACUUCGUACAAUCGCUAGUAGAGGAUGUCAACAGUAGAUGAUGUUACCUACUAAACUGAUAAGUAAUAUCUAGUCUCUCUGUACAUAUCCCUCUUUGUCAUGACAUUAGCAUUACUAUAUCUACAUGCGAAAAACGCACCUACUAAAGGCAAGAGUGUAGAAGUAUGCGACUCUUUAAAUAAAACUACCAAUGCAGAUUUUUAAUUGAGAGUGAUGCCUUGCAAACUUGAUGGUUUGCUAUAUUGAACAUGGCGUCAUAAUGUAGAUAUGAAAAAUGCUAGGGCCUGUUGUCAGAAAAAAAAUUAGUCUUGUUUACUUCUUUACAAACAAAAGUAACAUGAACUUUUUCUCGUAGAGCUGAACUCUAUACACUGUGUAUGGAAAACUCGUAGCUAUCACGUUUCUGUUAAUGGUCUAUGAGAAAAGGUUAAGAGUAAUUUUUGUUUCUAACAAUGGGCCACUAGUAGCUAAAGAUGAGCUCAGGGAUUACCUAUAGAUCUACGUUGUUAACAUGUCUGAUCAUCGGCCGUCUACAUUAUGUUACUGAUCGAUUGACCAGAGUAUUUGGGGGUAUGAGAGGAUUAAUAGUAUUGAGUAGGCGUAAACAUGAAUUUUUCAAAAUUGAACCGCCGUAUUUGAAGAAGUAGUGGAGAUGUCAUGACGGACUGCUAUAUAUGACAUUAUUCUGUAAGCUCGGUGACAACUAUUUAGUUUAUUCAUUUAAAUUCAAACUUGCUUCGUUUUCAUUGUCCUGCGGUGACAUGUCGCAGCUAGUUUUUUAAUCAGUAGUAGUACAGUGGCCUAUGCCACUUUAUUGUUUACUUUCACACUGAUGAAAUAAUGCGCGCGCUGUUCAUUUUGCGAGAAGCAGCUUCACAUUAACAUUGAUAAAAUCGUGGUCGGACUCGGCAUUAAUUUAUUCUGCCUUACUGAAGUCAGUCCUAUCAGGUUUGUUGCCUAUAUCACCACAAGUGGCCUGUCACAUGAGGAGUGGGCCGGUGCAGUUAUUGAUUGUUAAAAUAAAACCUAUAUCUCAAUGAA